AGCAAUCUGCCACCGAGGUUGAUUUUGUCCAGCGGUUUCUGCAGAGAUGGUGCUGGUCGAUAGAGUAUGUCAGAGGAACACGAAACCAGCGUCUUAAAUAUUUCUGCAGAGCUCAGUAUUUUGACUUUAGACAAGAUGACUGAACAAUGCAUUGAGGAGGAAGCUCGGCACCCACGGAAGAGACCAAGAGUAUCGCAGUCUGACAGUGAAGAUGACAUUCUGAACGAGGCACUGUCCGAGUUGGGGGACUCUUCAAAGAGGUGUUUUGAGGUAAAGGAGGAUGAGAACCAGAAUUUGGAAGCCAGUGAACAGAUUAAGCCUCCACCCAAACGCUGCCUUCACAAAAUGAAGAGAGCGAAGCCAGACACCCCGGCUAUCCCCUCUGUCAUAAAGCGUGUCCUCCAGAUGGUCACGCGGAGACAGAAGCAGUGCGACUUGAAAGAUGACCGUAAUGAUGCAGACUGCCCCCACCCUGUACAGUGCUCCACCCCUUUGGCCCAGCAUGUGAAUUCUGGUUCUAUACCUGGUGUCUCCCAGGACUGGCAGGCUGACUUGGACUCGGCCCAAGAACUGAUCUUCAGCACCCCAUCAGCUGAGUGCAUUGCUGGAAAGGGCCAGUUGGUGGAGAGAGUGCUGCAGCCUGGGUUGGAGAUACCCUCCAAACAUGAAGGGGGUGAGGAUACAGGAGAAGUUCCAGGUGCCCCUGACUCUGCAGUGGAACUCGGACCUGUAGGGACAGGCUGCUUUUCAUUCCGCUCUGUGCUGGAGAAGUUCGAGUUCAGGUCUGAACCGGAUACGCCCUCGUCUUGCUCCUUUAGACCCUGUUCCCUUUUCACCUCAACCCGGGCAAUCCAGGAGAAACUGCUCAACAACACUUUCCCCAGCACGUUCAAGGAGGGCCUCCUUCGCAAGGAGCGGGGGGAGGAGCUCUCUUUGCUGAGGACACAAUACAAAAAGGACAAUCUCUGGCUCCGAGAGAAUGGGGCUGGGUCUGGCUUUUGGGAGACUUCUUGGGUUAUCCCACGGGCAAAUCGGGUGACAAAACGGAUCAAGAGAAACCUGUGGCCACCUAGUCCCAAAGAAGCUGUGGCAGAGUCAGAUUCUGGGAUUGGACAAGAGGAGCAAGAGAUGCAGUCCAGCCUGACCUGAGGUGCAGCGUGAUGUACCAUACAGGCACACCGGAGGCAGAGGAUAAAAUUGGGAAGAACACCUGGCUGUCUGAUUACCUCGAUUUCAAUAUAGAGCACUUUUGAUAUAUAGGAGUAUUUGUGACUAGAUAUUGUUAAUUUUGUGAUCAUAUCACAAUCAAUUUCCUGAAAUGUUUGUCUAUUGGAUUUGCUUACUGCGAUGUAAAUGAACAGUGGUGCACAGUUGUGGAAAAUUGACAGAAUAUGAAAGAUUCCCACACUUUUUUUUUUUUUUUUUUUUUUUUUUUCCCCCCCCUGAGUGCAGUGAAACAGAAACAAACAAUAAACACCAAUUCUAACUUCACUUGUUUUAUUGAGUCCAGGUAUAAUUUGAAUUGUCUUGGUGCACUGUGUUCUUAGAUCUCUAUUUACUACUCCUUGGUACACCAUUGCACAAACUCAUGCUGGGGGUGGGAGAGACAGAUGUGGCUUACAGACAAUCCUACUCCUAACACAGCAACAGGCACGUGCUGUUUGUUUCUCUGCU